AUGGGAGAAUAUGUAGCAAAGAGUCAAGAGCUGAUGAAGUACUGGCCUCACUACCAACAUGGGGAUGGUGAGGAGGACUUGUGUGCACAGUUUGAGCACGGGCUAAGGCCGGACAUUCGAGCUGCAAUUAGUGUGUUCCAGCUGAUAGACCUGUCCACUCUGGUGAGUAAGAGUAGAAUCUUUGAAGCUAACUCAAAGGGGAAAACAGUGCACACUAGGGGAGCCGGGCCAGUGAGACAGGAUAGAAGAUCUCCUAGAUUCUCUAAAGGGCCGUAUUUGGGUUCUAGUCAUUCAUAUUCCAGAGGGACUUCAUCUCAGGAGAGGAGCAAUGGUACUGGUUCUGGCUCUGGUUCAGGAACGGGCUCUUUCAGAGGACCACUCAAAUGCUUCAGGUGUGGAGGACCACACAUGGUGAAGGACUGGCCACAGCCACAGACUACUUGUAAUAAUUGUGGGAAGUCGGGGCACACUGCCAAUGUGUGUUGGGUUGCUAAGAGGAGUGGCAGUUCAAGUACAACUCAGAGACCAGAAUCGAGAGGGAGCACAGGGCCGAGUAUGGGGCCAAAGCCGAGCAUUAUGGGUAGAGUUUUUGCCAUAAGUGGAGCAGAGGCUUCGUAG